CUGAAUCAGUUUCACAAGUAGUGACAUAUCCUUAUGUAUUUACCCAAACGCCGCAACGCAGUGUCCAAACCGCUGCAACAUUCGAUCACUUGCUUUAUGUUGACGCUUGAUGUUGACACGCUGAGGUAGACCGGCAAAGCUGUGGAAAUGGCCGACCUGCCGGUAUCCCGGAGCUAUAGUGGGCAAGGAAGUUUGGGACCUCGCCCGAGCACGGGUAUGCAGCUCAAGUCGCAAGUGUCUGGUGCAGGCGCUGCCCCGCAGCGGCAAACGGAUGUGCUGUAUAUGUCGGAGCUCCUGUCCUACAGCCUCGACCGGCUGCGGAAGGAGCCGGAGGUGCUCAAGUCCGAGAAGGAGCAGCUGGAGCGCGGGCUGCAGACCACGGCGGUGUCGCAGUACGGCGCCUUCCUGGACGCAGCAGGCUGCCUCACCUCCAUCAGCAACGAGCUGGCGGCCGUGUGCGAGCACCUGGACUCACUGCUGCAGGCCACACCCGAGCUGGCAUCCGCCUGCGAGUCAUUCGCCACCAACGCGGCGGCGGUGCAGGAGCAGUACUCGCACAAUAAGCAGCUGGCAUCCAACCAGUCGGCCCUGAUGGAGUUGCUGGAGGUGCCCCAGCUGAUGGACACGUGUGUGCGCAACGGUGUGUACGACGAGGCUCUGGACCUGCAGGCCUUCGUCAGCCGCGUGGGGUUGCUGCACCCGGACGUGCCCGUGGUCAAGCUGCUGCUGCGACAGGUUGCUGACGUGGGCAACAGCAUGCUGCAGCAGCUGCUGGGGCGGCUGCGCACCAACAUCCAGCUGCCCGAGUGCCUGCGCGUUAUGGGGUACCUGCGCCGCAUUGGCGCCUUCUCCGAGGCCGAGCUGCGGCUCCAGUUCCUGCAGUGCCGUGACGAGUGGAUUGGCGGCCUGCUGGCGGACCUGGACGACAGCGACAGCUACGAGUUCGUGAAGCACCUCACGGACGUGCACCGCCUGCACCUGUUCGACGCGGUCAUGCAGUACCGCGCCAUCUUCUUCGACACCGCGCCCAGCGGCGCGGCGGGCGGCGUGGACGGCGCCGGCGCCGCGGCGCUGACUCCCAACCUGCGCGAGACGUCCAUGCUGUACAGCUGGGUGCAGCACCGCCUGGGCCUGUACCUGGAGCAGCUGCGGAAGCACCUGCCGCACAUCACCGAGGGAGGCAACCUGGCCUCCGUCAUCGAGCACUGCAUGUACUGCGGCUCCUCCUUGUCGCGUGUGGGUCUGGACUUCCAGGCGCUCCUGCUGCCGCUGUUCGAGGCGUGCGGCCUGCAGCUGUUCGCGGCGCACCUGUCCAACGCCGUGGAUGGAUUCAACCUGCGCCUGGAGUCGCACAAGUGGGUGCCGCUGCCGGCGCCCAUGAUGGGGCGCGGCCGGGCGGCGGCAGCGGCGCCGCAGCAGGCCUCGCCGUCGGCGCCAGCGGCAGGGGGAGAAGGGCAACCAAGCGGCGAGCCAGGCGUGGUGGACGGCGAGGCGGCCGGCAGCGCGGCCGCACCCGCCGCGACCACCUCCACCUCUGGUGCCGCCGCGCCUGCGCCUGGCGAGGAUGAGUCGGGUCCGCCGUACACGAUCAUGGAGCACCUACCGCUGGCCGUGUACGUGAACGGCGUGCUCACGGCGCUCAACGAACUGCGGCACUGCGCCAUGCUGUCAGUCAGCAAGCCGCUGGCGGGGCUGCUGCAAACGGCUCUGGAGCACGCGGCGGGCAGCCUGGUGCACUACCGGCACACGCACGCGCUGGGCAGCAGCGAGCUGGCGCUGUUCAAGGGCUGCGUGCGCUGCAUGCUGGACGUGGUGCUGCCCUACCUCACAGCCGCCUUCGCGCGCGUGUUCGCGGCGGGCGCCGGCAAGGUGGACGCCGGCGCUAGCGCGGGCCUGCUGCGCCAGCUGCUGGCGGAGAUGUGAGAGCGCGGGAGUGUGUUGCCCGCCCGCGCCCGCGGGAGUGCGUGUGUGUGUGUGUGAGCGCUAACGGAUGGAGGGAUGCGGUGUGGGGUUGGAGUUAGUUCGGGGCUACGGGUAGCGAGGUGGAUGUGCAGCGGCCGCCCGUGGCCGCGCUGGCGCGCAUGGCGGUGGCUGCGGGCAGGUGGUGGUGCCAAUGGCAGCCAUGUGGCGGGAGGCAGGGGCCAUGGGUGGGCGGCUGGGUCCUGAGCUGGAUGCAGCCCACUGGUGGCGGUGCAGGCAGUGGAGCUUGAUAAUUGAGCUAUCGAGUGCUGUGAUGCAAAGGUGUGUCGGUGCAUGAAGAGACCAUGAGCUGGUUUCCUGCCCCCGGGGGGCGGCAGCGCCCAAUCACAGUGACAGACAGUUGGCAUCACGGCAUGCGGCAUCCAGCAAGGACGCGCGGUGCCUGCUGUUUAAGAUGUGCAUCUGAUGGCACGCGGGCAGACCAGCCUAUGGGCAAUGGUAGGCUGGGGGUUACGACUGGUAGCAUUGUAGCACUGUAGCAGAAGGCAGGGGCGGAGCGGGGGGGGGGGGGGAGCGCGCAUGUGCAGCAGGCCACGGGGUAUUAAGUAUUUGGGGUUUUUGGUGGACGCGCUUGAUCAGGGGGGGACUGCGCAAGUGCGCAUGAUGUUCGGUAUGUGACACAGCUUUGUUGAAUUGUUGGGGAUCCCGGCUCGCGCUACGCUUCCCUUUCCAUGAUGCGCUGGACAUUUGUCGGACCGCAACCAACUUUCGUAGCCAGGCGGAGGACACGGGGACCGUAGUAGGCACGGCGUAAGGCCGGAAGGCAUAUUUCAGAGGAACCCGGGAACUUUGCGUGUGACCAGGCGUGCAAGCCGCGAAGGCCGCGAAGGAAGGACCAGAAAGACUUUGGCAUCUGCCGGGUCGCACCGCUUGUCUCAGGCUUGUAGGGACCUCGAGGCACGUCUUAUCGUUUGUAGUCGAUUUCUUCAUCCAGCAAUUUAUGGUCGCUAUAGUGUUCCAGGUAUUGCACUUAAAACCAGGGCUGUCCGGUGUCGUCCAGCUUCUGCAAAGCUUGUGAAGACGAGCAUUUUAUUCCAUGCAGUGUAGCCCGUAUGAUGAACAGACAUGCGUGUGGCAACUCGCGAAACACACC